AUGGAAGACGGAGAACCUUCAAAUACAGGCAUGGAAGAUGGAGAAGCUUCAAAUAACCUUUCGGAAAAACUACCAAAAAGAGUCCUCGGCGAUGGUUGCUACCCUGUUGGUGCUCGGUUGAACAUAUAUUCAAAGGCCAAUGUAAUUGGCCUCCUUGUCGAGGUGUUAAAGGGUACUGAAGAUCUUGAGAAGCUACUUCAUUCCCAGUUUGGGAAGUUAUUCCAUCUACCUGUUGCAAGAUGUUGCAACAGCGUCAAACUUGUCCAUGCCCUUUUAUCACGACAACUUGUGACCACGAAGAAACACGAGAUUUGGUUCCUCUUUGGUGGACAGCCUCUGAGAUAUUCGAUACGGGAGUUCAAGGAAGUCACUGGAUUGAAUUGCAAUCCCGAACCUGAUAGCACAGAAGAAGAAGAAGAAGUCGGAAAAACAGGAAUCUGGAAAGACCUGUUCAGAAGAGCGAAGGCUAUGAACAUGUAUGAUGUGCUUGAAAUGCUAAAGGACCCGGAUCUACCCCGAUGGAAACGGCUUCCAUUGGCCCUAAUCGUUCUUGUCGACGGUGUUCUGUUUUGCAAUAGCAAAAAUCUGGCCCUCACCGAGAAAUACGUUGAGAUGUUGAGUGACUUGGAUAGGUUCAUGCUGUAUCCAUGGGGGAGGGUAUCCUUUAACAAAACAGUAUCUCGUUUUCAAGCUCCGAAGGCAAUCACGGAUGCCGAGAAAAGGGAGAAUCCUGUAACACGAUUGCUCCGUCAACUUAAACAGAAAACCAGUGCAUGCUAUGGAUUCCCUCUAUCACUACAACUCAUGGCCCUCCAAUCUAUACCAAUGUUGGUUUCCAAAAUUCCUCAACCUGAUAACUUGAAGACAUUCCUUGAAGAUCCCGAAGACUGUGAAAACGUUAUCACACUGUUGCAUCUUGGGGACAUGCAUGCCGUGGAAUCCGACCCUCUGAUGGUAGUGGAUGAUGGUGAGAAUGACCAACAGAAUGAAUUGCGUUGGGGAGAUGAGGUAGAGGAUGCCGAAGUUGCAUUCAUGCAGGAACUCAUGGCCGAGGGGUACAAAUUCACACCUUCGGAUUUUGCAGUGGCACCGGCACCUAUCGUGGAUAUUAGUGAUGCAGAGGACGAGGUUACCAAUGAACAGGAACCUGAGCCAUCCACCCGACCGAAAAAGAAACAGAAAACCCAUCAAACUGAAAAACGUAAGAUGCAGAGGAAGAUAGACAGGGGCAAGAACUCUUCUAAUCUAUCGGAAGAUGAAACACCUGAAAGUGGACAGAUUAAAGAUCUUAAAAGAUGGAUAGUACUUCAGAAUACUUUGCUCCUUCGUGAGAUUAAGACCGAGUUAGACAAGAGAUUGGGCGUAUACCAAGAUGACGAAGAAGAUGACGAUGUACACCAGUCAAAAGAAGAUGGGGAACAGGAUGACGAAGGACAGAAUACAAAAAAAGAUGGUGAAAAAGCGGAUGAAGAUGAAGACGAAGCCGAAGAUGGAGGGGCACAGUCUAGCGUACGCCAUAAUGAUGGUGUACACCCCGAAGAUGGUGUACACCAGAAAGAAAGAGAUGAUGAAGAAGGGACCUCUACUUACUACGGCGGGGACCAUUAUUCUCCCAGGGACCAUGCGUACUUGAAGACUCCAGAAGCUCCGACGAUGACCCCUGAACCGGGACAAGCCAAUUCAGGAACAACUCGUCCACCUCCUUACUUCGUCAUUCCGGAUGAAAUUCCACCUUCUGGCCUCAACGAGGGUGUGGCUAAUGAGGACGACUCAAAUGCGGGGAAAGAUUACCAUACUGCGCCUGAGGAUGCAAGUGAUGCUUCGCAGAAGACCCCUCGUACUCCAAAACCCCCACAAGAAGAAGAGGACGAAGAGGUAGAGGAACAGGAAGAGGAGGAAGAAGUAGAGAUGCAUGCUGCAGGCCUUGGAGUGGAGGAUAUGGGUUUGAUAACGGACGAUGACGUUGACAGGUUAAGGGAGAAAUACGCCAUGGACUCAUACGAAGAGUUUGUCGGGAAUCCGGCUAUUGCCAACGCUUAG